AUGUGGAGUGCAAAGAAACUACCAGUAAGACUCCUGAAGUCUAAAGCUUGGUUAAGGGAAGGGCCUCCUUCAUACCAUCAACAGUAUGUCCAAAGAUACCAACAGCUUCAUAAGAACCUACACUGGCUUAUAAUCAUCUCAGUCUUGGCCAAUACUGCACCUAUAUCCCUGCUCCCUGGUUGUGACAAUAGAUUCUAUCGACUUCUUCACCUCUGCUGGAUGAUCCUUUGGUACACCUGCUUCGCCUUGGCCUCCUACUGGGAGUUUAUGCAUGUCACCAUCCAAAGGGCUUCCCUGGAUCGCUACCUGAAUGCUAUUGAAUCUGGAGUAUAUAUAAUCCAUAUUUUCGUCAUUAUGCUUUUCACUUGGAAAUGGAGAAACUGGAUACCUAAAGUAUUCAAAGAGUUUAUCAAAUCGGAUCUGGAGAGAGAUUACACCAUUGAUCGCAAGAGAAGUCGUCGGUUUGUGGGGAUGCAACUAUUCCUAGUUGGAAUUUUCACCUGUCUGGCCUUUACCUUUGCCUUUUGCAGCCAGAAAUUCGUGGUCUCCAAAUCCAUCUUGAGUAUCAUCUGCUAUGUGAUGCCGAAUAUCAUCAGUAGCUUAUCCUUUAUACAGUACUACCUUCUACUCCAAGGCAUAGCUUGGCGCCAGAGGAAGGUCACUGAGAAUUUGGAAAGGGAAUUAUUUAUUUUGAUAAAUCCUCGCAGAUCGGAAAUCCAAAAAUUCCGCCUUCAACACGCCGAGUUGACAAACUUCACCUGGCUGGUGAACCGCACUUUCUCAUGGUCUAUAGUACUCCUCUUCGUGGGCUGUUUCCUUAACUUUAAUUUGGUUUUAUUUUUGGUUUACCAGAGGGUAGAGAAUCCGGAUAUGGGUGACUGGGCCAAGUGGUUCUACAUGCUCCUGUGGCUGGCCAUGCAUUUGGGAAAAGUAGGCAGUAUCCUUUAUUUUAACCAGAAGGUUCAGGAAGAGCAAUCUAGAUGUUUGGCUUUAGUAAAUGCUGCAUUCUUCAUAGAAUCUGAUCUUCAGGAGACCAUCAACCACUUUGUUUUUCAAUUGCAGACGGAUGUAAGGCAGCAUGUGGUGGGAGGCGUCAUUGUCCUGGAUUUAAAGUUCCUGACAGCCUUGUUAGUGGCCUCUGCAGACUUUUUUAUCUUUUUGCUUCAAUAUGAUGUCACUUACGAGGCUUUAUCCAAAACGGUUCAAGGAAAUGUGACAAAAACUUAA